CAGCACUUUGUCCAGACUCACCAGGCAGGCCUUCUUGCCAAGACAAGCAUCCAUUAGUGCAGAAACAUGGGUUCAGGAGGCCUGCCAUUCAGCUGUUUGGUUUUGGCCACCCUGAUGACUUUAAAUCAUGCCGGCCUGGUAAAGAAGAUGAUCAGACACCGGCGGGAAGCUCUGACGAUUCCCGGCAUACACAAUGUAACCCUUCCGAGCUCCUCUCAACCGGUCGUUUUUAACCACGUCUACAACAUCAAAGUUCCAGGUAGCUCUCUGUGCUCGGUGGAUCUGGACUCUCCUGUCGGUUCGGAUCUUGAGCAGAAGGAUGCGCCAUCUGGCUCAGAAGUAACAGACCACACAUUAGAUGGCGGUAAUCAGGUCGUCUUCACCCAUCGCAUCAACAUCCCCAAGCAGGCGUGUGGCUGUACGGACGGGCUGCCGGACCUGAAGGAGCUCCUGAAUCGGCUGGAGAUGUUGGAGGGCGAGAUGUCGACGCUCAGAGAGCAAUGCGCCACAGAAACCACCUGCUGCAGCGCUCAGGCCACAGGUACUGUAGGAACGAAGCCCUACUGCAGCGGCCGUGGAAACUACAGCACGGAGACCUGCGGCUGUAUAUGUGAGCCCGGAUGGAAGGGCCCCAACUGCACCGUUCCCGAAUGUCCCGGAGACUGCAAUGACCAGGGCCGCUGCAUUAACGGAAAGUGUGAGUGUUUCAAUGGCUUCGCGGGUGAGGACUGUAGCGUGGAGACCUGUCUGGUUGACUGCGGCGAGAACGGGCGGUGCAUUAACGGAGCAUGCGUUUGCAAUGAAGGCUUCUCUGGGGACGAUUGCACAGAGACGGAUUGUCUCAACAACUGUUUGGGACGCGGCCGCUGCGUUGAUAGCGAGUGUGUCUGCGAUGAACCCUGGACCGGAUUCGAUUGCUCCGAGCUCAUCUGUCCGCAUGACUGCUACGACCGCGGGCGAUGCGAAAAUGGGACUUGUUAUUGCGAUAAAGGCUACACCGGAGAGGACUGCGGGGCAUUCACUUGUUCGAACGACUGCUCGGGACGAGGUUUUUGUAUUGACGGCCGCUGCGAAUGCGACGCCGGCUACUCCGGCGAGGAUUGUUCCAGCUUGACCUGUCCGAGCGACUGCAACCAAAGAGGGCGCUGUUUCAACGGCGUGUGCAUUUGUGAAACGGGUUAUUUCGGAGAGGACUGCGGGAAGCUCUCCUGCCCGAAUAACUGCAACAGUAGAGGGCGCUGCAUUAAUGGUCGUUGUGAAUGCAACAUCGGAUUCCAAGGCCAUGAUUGUUUGGAGUUUAGCUGCCCCAAUGAUUGCAAUAACCGCGGGCGCUGCGUUAACGGCCAGUGUGUUUGUGAAGAGGGAUUCGGUGGCGAGGACUGCAGCAUCAAAACCUGCCCGUCGGACUGCUAUGGCCGAGGCCAGUGUGUGGAUGGGAAGUGCAUUUGCUUUGCGAACUUUGCCGGCGAAGACUGCAGUGAAAUGAGUUGCCCGAGCAACUGCCUGAACCGUGGACGUUGCGUCGCGGGGCAAUGCGUUUGCGACGAAGGCUUCACCGGAGAGGACUGUAGUCAGAGGAAGUGUCCCAACGACUGCCUCGGCCGCGGACGCUGCGUGGAGGGACAGUGUGUUUGCCAGGAGGGUUUUGAAGGCCUGGAUUGCUCCGUUCCCACCUGUCCUGGAAACUGCAAUAACCGUGGGCGCUGCUUCAAUGGGAAAUGUGUCUGUGAUGAGGGAUUCGCUGGAGAUGCCUGUGGAGAAAGAAGCUGUCCGAAUGACUGCAAUGAUGCGGGGCAAUGUGUGGGCGGCCGCUGUGUAUGCGAUGAAGGCUACAUUGGCGAGGAUUGCUCAGAAGUCUCACCACCGGAAGACCUGACCAUUACGGAUGUGACCACGGAGAAGGUGAACCUCACAUGGAAGAACGAGAUGCUGGUGGCGGAGUAUUUGGUUACAUACGUCCCGACGUCACCAGGCGGCCUGCAGUUGGACUUCCGCGUGCCUGGAGAUCGUACGUCUGCUACCGUCUCUGAGCUGGAGCCGGGAAUCGAGUAUCUCAUCAACGUUUAUGCCAUCCUCAACAACAAGAAGAGUGUUCCUGUCAGCGCCAGAGUGGCCACAUAUUUUUUUUUUUUUUCCAUCAGUGAUACAUCUGUGGAGGUUUUGUGGGACCGGCUGAACUUUCCAUUCGACGGCUGGGAGCUCAUCUUUCGUAACACGAAAGAAGAAAACGGGAAGAUCGUGAACAAUCUGACACCUUCCCAGACCAACUUUGAGCAACCAGGACUCGGCCCCGGCCAGGAAUAUGAAGUCACUUUGUCCAUCAUUAAGAACAACACCAGAGGACCCGAAACAAGCUCCACUGUAGUAACAAGAAUCGAUUCUCCAGGGCAGAUUGAUGUUGACGAUGUGACAGACCGGUCAGCAGUGAUCUCCUGGUCCAUACCCGUGGCUCAGGUGGACGGGUUCAGGGUGUCGUACGGGCCGAGCACAGACCUGUUAGUCCAUCGAGAUGUCGACCUCCCGGCCACAGACACGCAGUACAGCCUGGAGGACCUGGAACCAGACACCGAAUACAGAGUGUCUCUCAGUUCAAAGAGGGGAGACGUGACCAGCGAGCUCAUCUUUGAGAGCUUCACCACGGGUCUGGAUGCCCCCACUGACCUCAAAGCUGUGGAUCAGACUGACAGCAGCAUCACACUGGAAUGGAAAAACAGCCGUUCAUCCAUCGACGGAUACCGUAUCAAGUAUGGCCCGAUCGCAGGAGGUGCUCAUGGUGAAGACAUGUUCCCUAGAAGAGCAGCAGACACGACAUGGGCCACGAUUACAGGCCUGAAGCCUGGAACGGAGUAUGGCAUUGGAGUCACAGCCGUUCAGAAUGAAAGAGAGAGUGAGCCAGCGACCACCAACGCACUGACCGAUCCGGAUCCUCCACGAGACUUGGAAGUGCGAGACUCCACCGAAACCACCCUGGAACUGGUCUGGAAGAGGCCCAGGGCCAAGAUCUCCACCUACAGGCUAGCGUUUGUCUCUGCCGACGGCCGUCGGGAAGAAGUCGAGCUGCCUGCUACUGCAACCGCCUACACCCUGAGCGGCUUGAGCCCUGGCAUGCGCUACACCGUCACCCUCGUGGCAGAACGCGGACAGAGGAGAAGUGCUCCUGCCACCAUCACUGCAUCCACAGAGGAGCAGAGGCCGCAGAUUGGCAGUCUGAGUGUGUCUGAUGUAUCUUGGGAUAGCUUCAAUGUGUCCUGGACCAUUGAGGAUGGCUCUGCCUUUGAGAGUUUUGUGAUUGAAGUGGCAAAUUCAGCAGGUCCAGAAAGACAGAACCUUUCGGUAUCUGGUGAUGCCCGUAGUUUAUGGAUGUCUGGGCUCAGUCCCGACACGUCCUAUAUAAUUACAUUAUACGGAGUGCAUCAGGGCUCGAUCCUGGGGUCGAUCUACACUCAAGCAGCUACAGAGGCAGAGCCAGAGAUCGAGCACCUUUUCGUGUCAGACGUCACCCCUGAGAGUUUCCGGCUGGCCUGGACGGCAGAAGACGACGUCUUUGAUCGAUUCGUGCUCAAAGUUAGAGAUUCGAGCAAGCUCUCCCACCCUCGAGAGUUCGUUGUGCCGGGCGAUGAAAGAGCCAAAGUUUUAACGCAGCUUUUGGGGGGAACCGAGUAUGAAAUUGAGCUUUACGGUGUCACGCUGGAACAUCGCUCCCAACACAUUACUGCUGUUGCCAGAACAGGCCUUGGAGCUCUAGGGGACCUUCGUUUCUCUGACAUGACGGACACAACAGCUGUGGUCUCCUGGACUCAACCGCGAUCCCAACCGGACUCCUACAGGAUCACUUACGUCCCCGUCCAAGGAGGUGCUCCCAUGAUCUUGAUGGCGGACGGGUCACGGUCUCAGGUUUCGCUGACCAAUCUGAUUCCUGGAGAGAUGUAUCAGCUGUCGCUUGUUGCAGUGAAAGGUCUGGAGGAGAGCGAGCCAGUGUCCGACACUUUUACUACAGCCCUGGAUACGCCACGCAGCCUGACUGCUGUCAAUGUCACCGACACAAAGGCGCUGUUGCUGUGGCAACCUGCCGUGGCGACCGUGGAUGGAUAUGUCAUCACAUACAGUGCAGACACUGUGCCACCGAUAUCAGAGCAGGUUUCUGGAAACACGGUGGAGUUUGAGAUGAGUUCACUGGCUCCAGCAACUCAAUACACUGUCAAUGUUUUUGCCAUCAGAAACCGAGAGAAAAGUGCUCCAGCGACCACAGACUUCACCACAGAUGUGGACACUCCGCGUGAUCUGGUUGCCAGUAAUAUUCAGACAGACAGCGCCGUUCUCACCUGGACGCCGCCGCGGGCCGCCAUCACCGCAUAUAUCCUGACCUUUGAAGCAGCGGACGGGGAUGUCAGGGAACUGAAUCUAGAGCCGUCUGCGACCUCACACGGUCUGUCUGAUCUGAGAAGCAGCACUGAGCACACAGUCCGACUGCAGGCCGUCACUGAGGACAAGAGGAGCACACGGAUCAGCACCGUCUUCAGCACGGCUGGCACGCGCUACAGGAACACCAAGGACUGCUCAGAAACUCUGCUGAACGGAGAGACGGCCUCGGGUCCGUACACCAUUUACAUCAGCGGAGACGAGAAGCAGCCGGUCCGAGUUUACUGUGACAUGAGCACCGACGGCGGUGGCUGGAUGGUGUUCCUACGGCGUCAGAGCGGCAAGCUGGAUUUCUACAGGAACUGGAGGAACUACUCUGCAGGAUUCGGUGACACGAACGAUGAGUUCUGGCUCGGACUUUCAAAUCUUCACAAAAUCAGCUCAGCCGGUCAGUACGAGUUGCGCGUGGACCUGCGUGACGGACAGGAGAGUGUGUUUGCAGUCUACGAUAAAUUUUACAUCUCAGAUCCUCGGUCCCGCUACAAGAUCCAGAUUGGUACAUACAGUGGUACCGCAGGUGAUUCCUUGUCAUAUCACCAGAACAGACCCUUCUCCACCUAUGACAAUGACAAUGACAUUGCCGUCACCAACUGUGCCCUGUCCUACAAGGGAGCGUUCUGGUAUAAAAACUGCCAUCGAGUGAACCUGAUGGGGAAAUAUGGAGACAGCAGUCACAGCAAAGGCAUCAAUUGGUUCCACUGGAAAGGCCACGAGCAUUCGAUUCCAUUCGCGGAGAUGAAGAUCCGGCCAGUCAAUUUCAGAAACUUGGAAGGCAGACGGAGAAGAUCAUAGACUUUAAAUGUCCCUCUUUCUCUUUUCCCCAAAAUCCCACACAUCUCUCGGCACAGACAGAUACGAUUAAAACUCCUGAGUGGAACAGUUUUAGCCAUUCGAACAUUGCCUUCCAUGUCAACAUUAUUAGACCCAGUGAACGCCAGCGAAUACUGUUUCUUUAGACCUUUGAUAUGUUAGAAACAGACGUGAUUGGUGGAGGGU